ACCAUAACACAAUGAUGGCGUCUCAGUCAGAAAUCUCAAGCAAAGAAAAAAAAAGAAAGAAUGAACAGCUUCUUCAGUCCCAGUAGAGCAGGCCCGAAGCCAUGGCCGAACAGGAAGAAGCAAACCAACAAAUCCGCCAUCUGUCUCUGCUCCGUCUCUCUACUCGCUGUCCUCUUCCUAUCCGUCUUCUUCAUCACCUACUCCGAGAUACCCAAAUCCAUCUUCUCCAUCUCCUCCGCCUUCUCCGGAUCCGUCGAAUUCCCUCAAUGCAGAUCCGAGGUACUCUCACGAGCCCUCCUAGGCCAGAGCUUUCUCCUGUACGCUCCCCACAGCGGAUUCAGCAACCAGCUGUCGGAAUUCAAGAACGCUGUCCUGAUGGCGAUGGUUCUGAAUCGGACGCUGGUUGUUCCUCCCGUUCUUGAUCACCACGCUGUCGCUCUCGGUAGCUGUCCGAAGUUUAGGGUUUUGAGUCCGAGCGAGGUGCGUGUCUCGGUCUGGAACCAUUCCGUUGAGCUGCUUAGGUCUGGAAGGUACGUUUCGAUGGGUGAUGUUGUAGACAUUUCGUCUCUCGUAUCGUCUUCCGCUGUUCGAGUUAUUGACUUCAGGUACUUCGCGUCGCUUCUCUGUGGUGUUGACUUGGAGACUCUGUGUUCUGGUGAGUUAGCUGAGCAGUCUCAGGCUUAUGAAUCGUUGAGACAGUGUGGGUAUUUGUUGUCCGGUGUUCGUGGUAAUGUAGAUGGAUGUUUGUAUGGUGUUGAUGAUGAUUGUAGAACCACGGUUUGGACGUAUAGAAACGGAGGCUCUGAUGGGAGGUUGGACUCGUUCCAGGCGGAUGAGAAGCUUAAGAAGAAGAAGAAGAUUGCUUACGUGAGGAGGCGGCGAGAUGUGUAUAAGGCUCUUGGACGUGGUUCAGAAGCUGAGUCUGCGGCUGUUCUUGCGUUUGGGAGUCUCUUCACGGCUCCCUACAAAGGGUCUGAACUGUAUAUUGAUAUAAAGAAGUCUUCUGGUGUUCCGGAGGUGAAGUCUUUGAUUGAGAAGGUUGAGUUCCUUCCUUUUGUUCGAGAGGUAAUGAGCGCAGGGAAGAGGUUUGCCACGGGAACGAUUAAGGCGCCGUUUCUCUGCGCGCAGCUUAGGUUGCUGGAUGGACAGUUCAAGAAUCACCAGGAGAGUACGUUUACGGGUUUGAACCAGAAGUUGGAGUCUUUGAGUUUGAAGAAUCCUGGUCCGGUUCAUGUGUUUGUAAUGACGGAUCUUCCUGAAAGCAACUGGAGUGGAACUUAUUUGGGUGAUUUGGCUAGGAACUCUACGAAGUUCAAGCUCCAUUUUCUAAGGGAAGAAGAUGAAGUAAUAGUGAGAACAGAAAAGGAGCUUGCUUCCGCUGCUCACGGACAGAAAUUUGGGUCGAUUCCGAUGAGUCUGGACAGUAUAAAGAAGAUGCAGAAGCAUUGUUCGCCUCAGAAAGUAUCAAAUGUGCAACUAUACGUAGAGGAAGCUGUUUGCAGCUGUGCUUCACUGGGGUUCGUUGGGACUGCAGGGUCCACUAUAGCUGAGAGUGUAGAAAUGAUGAGGAAGUUCAAUGCUUGUAGUAGUUGAACUCAGACCACAUUUCUGUGAUUCUUGUUUCGGUUGGUUCGUAUUAACCAAAGCUUUCAGUGUUGAUCUGGAGUGAUAGAUGCAAGAUUUGGUUAAGUUUUGCCGGUGGGAUAGAGAUAAGAUCUGUCAUGUGUCUCCACACUUUGAGGUUUUGUUGAUGAAAAUAUAUGCUUUGUGUUGGUUUGGUUAUAUAGGAAAUUGUCUUUUGUUUCAGUUCUGUAAGUUUUGUUGAGGCUUUUGUGAAUGGAUUUUGUUUGUGGUUGCA